AAAAGCCUUCUCUCAUGAUCCUGAUCCUCAACUCACACUACAAUCCUUAGCACCACCACCCACCUUCUCUCAUGGCCAUGGCUACCCAAGCUUCCCUCUUCACCCCCACCCUCUCCGGCGACCGUGUUACCGUCCCAUGGAAAUCAUCGUCUUCACUCUCCUUCACCACCCCAAAACUACCCAAAUCCUCCGUUGCGCCCAGGACCACUAUAAGGGCCAUGGCGGAGGAAGCACCGACAAAAGAAGCCCCUGUAGGCUUCACCCCGCCUGAAUUGGAUCCCAACACCCCUUCUCCCAUCUUCGGCGGCAGCACCGGAGGCUUGCUCCGCAAGGCCCAAGUGGAAGAGUUCUACGUCAUCACAUGGGACUCUCCCAAGGAACAAAUAUUUGAAAUGCCCACUGGUGGUGCCGCCAUAAUGAGGCAAGGUCCCAAUCUGCUCAAGUUGGCCAGGAAGGAGCAGUGCUUGGCGCUUGGAACAAGGCUGAGGUCCAAGUACAAGAUCAAGUACCAGUUUUACAGGGUGUUCCCCAAUGGCGAGGUGCAGUACUUGCACCCCAAGGAUGGGGUCUAUCCCGAGAAGGUGAACCCAGGUCGCCAAGGGGUUGGGGUGAAUUUCAGGUCCAUUGGGAAGAACGUGAACCCCAUUGAGGUCAAAUUCACUGGGAAGCAAGUGUAUGAUUUGUGAGGAGAGAGAUGGUGUUGUGUGUGAGAUUAAUUAUGUGAGUAUUUUGUGCUGUUUCUUCUAUUUGUAUUUCUCCUUUCUUAAAUGCUACUCCAUAAACAUGAAAUAUUGAUUGUGUACUCUUAUCUGAUCUGAAUGGUCCAUACAAAUUCUCCAUUA